AUGGAGGCGAUCGCCAGUCAGAUGGGAAAUGGGAGAGAUGCAAGCUCCUCCCCAAAUUCAAAGCAAGAGCUGCAACCGUACCAGGGCUCCAAUACCCUCAAGCCCAACCAAGUGGGUGAGACCUCCCUGUACGGCGUGCCCAUCGUGUCCCUGGUCAUCGACGGGCAGGAGCGGCUGUGCCUGGCGCAGAUCUCCAACACGCUGCUCAAGAACUACAGCUACAAUGAGAUCCACAACCGGCGCGUGGCCCUGGGCAUCACCUGCGUGCAGUGCACGCCGGUGCAGCUGGAGAUCCUGCGGCGGGCCGGGGCCAUGCCCAUCUCCUCCCGCCGCUGCGGCAUGAUCACCAAGAGGGAGGCGGAGCGGCUCUGCAAGUCCUUCCUGGGCGAGCACAAGCCGCCCAAGCUGCCCGAGAACUUCGCCUUCGACGUGGUGCACGAGUGCGCCUGGGGCUCCCGGGGCAGCUUCAUCCCGGCGCGCUACAACAGCUCCCGGGCCAAGUGCAUCAAGUGCAGCUACUGCAGCAUGUACUUCUCGCCCAACAAGUUCAUCUUCCACUCCCACCGCACCCCGGACUCCAAGUACACCCAGCCCGACGCCGCCAACUUCAACUCCUGGCGCCGACACCUCAAGCUCAGCGACAAGACGGCCACGGAGGAGCUGUCGCACGCCUGGGAGGAUGUCAAGGCCAUGUUCAACGGCGGCACCCGCAAGCGGACCUUCUCCCUGCAAGGGGCGGCAGCCGGCGGGCCCGGGGCCGGCUCCCCCGCCGCCAAGGCCACCCUGCACCCGCCGCCACCCGCCGGCCCCGAGCUGGCCCCGGCGCACAAGAGCCUGCGGUGCAGCGGGCAGGAGGCGGCGGGCGAGCGCGGAGCGCUGGGGCUGGCGGCGGCGGCGCACGGCGGGGCCGCGGGCGCGCACGGCGGGGCGGGCGCGGUGCGCAGCUACCCGGUGAUCCCGGUGCCCAGCAAGGGUUUCGGGAUGCUGCAGAAGUUGCCGCCGCCGCUCUUCCCGCACCCCUACGGCUUCCCGGCCGCCGCGUUCGGACUGUGCCCCAAGAAGCAGGAGGAGGCGCUGGGAGGCGCGGGGGGCGGCGAGGCGGGCAAGGGCGGCGCGCUGCCCCCCGGAAUGUUCUGGGGACCCCCGCAUCCCCACCCGCACCAGCCGGCCCAGCCGCCCCACCAGCCCGGUGCAGCCAAGGACGCCGGAGUGUACCCCUCGUUCCCCGUGUUCUGGCCGGCCGCCGGCAGCCUGCCCGUGCCGCCCUACCCCGCGCAGAGCCCGGCCAAGGCGGCCGCCACCGCCGUGGUGGUGGCGGCGGCGGCGGCGGCGGCGGCGGCGGCGGCCGAGCCGGCGGGGCUGGCGGGGCGGCACGGGGAGCUGGAGGGCUCGGAGCCCUCGGGCAGCGGCCGGAGCAGCGCAACCCCCCAGGAGGGCGCCGGCGCCGAGGGCGAGCGCUGCUCCAGCGCCUUGUCGCGGGCGGCGGGAGAGGAGGAGCGCUCCGGGGACGAGGCGCUGCUCGCCCCGCUGCCGCUGCCCAGGAAGGGCAGUUACCUGUCCGCCUUCCGCCCGGUGGUGAAGGACGCCGAGAGCAUCGCCAAGCUCUACGGCACCCGCGAGGCGUUCGGCGGCUCGGGCCCCCGCGGCCCCGGCUACCUCUCGCCGGACUUCCUCAGCGAGGGCAGCUCCAGCUACCGCUCGCUCUCCCCCGGGGGGGACACGGCCGAGGAGCCCGAGGUGGACGUGGAGUCCAACCGCUUCCCGGAGGAUGAGGAGGAAGAAGCCGCCGCCGCCGCCGUCCCCGUCGUGGCCCCCUCCGAGGGUCGGGAGCCGCCACCGCCGCGGCUGCUGGCCGGAGCGGAGGAGCCGCCGCCGCCCGCCGGGCCCGCCGGGCCCGAGGAGAAGCCGGGCGAGGCGGGGGCGCAGGAGGGCGGCCAGGUCCGCGAUGGCAGCCCCGAGCGCAGCGGCAGCAGCGGCGCCUACGAGGUGUUCGCGCCGGAGAGGGGGGAGCACCUGCAGCCGCUGAAGCCCGCAGCCUCGCUGGGAGCCCCCGCCGCCUUCCUCUGCACCCCCGAGGCCAAGGAGCAAGAUAAAGAAGACAAUCACCCCGCGGCAGAGGAUUUAGAGAACAGAAAAUCCUAUCAGGACCAAAGGAAUGUCUCUCAUCCCAGCCCUGUAAAUACCGACAGAGGUGAGGACGGGCUGGCCAUGGAUGUCACCGGGACGCAGCUUGUGGAAAAGGACAUCGAGAACUUGGCCCGAGAUGAGUUACAAAAACUGGUCCUGGAGCAAAUGGAGCUGAGGAAAAAGCUGGAGAGGGACUUCCAGAGCCUGAAAGAUAACUUCCAGGAUCAGAUGAAACGGGAGCUGGCGUACCGGGAAGAGAUGGUGCAGCAGCUGCAGAUCGUCCGAGACACUCUGUGCAACGAGCUGGACCAGGAGAGGAAAGCGCGCUACGCCAUCCAGCAGAAACUAAAAGAGGCUCACGACGCGUUGCAUCACUUCUCGUGCAAGAUGCUGACCCCGCGGCACUGCACGGGGAACUGCUCCUUCAAGCCGCCGCUGCUGCCCCAGUGAGCGCCCCCCGGGCCCCCCAGCCCCGAAGCCAUGCGGGCAGAGCCCACACAAGCCAUUCCCACGAGGAGACACUUGUACAUAGAGGACUCGGAGCCCGGCUUUGCUCCUCGGACGGGCCACAGGGCGAGGGGUGGUCCCGGGCUGGCCGGGGUGAGUGGGGGGAGAGCCGGGCCCUCACCCCCGC